UAGCAGGAAGUAGUGCAGAAGAUAUCGUGCAAAGGAAGAAGGUAGAGAGAAGCUCUGUUUGGGAACAUUUUCAAGACAAAGACGAUACAAAGGCGGGAUGCGCGCAUGGUCACCAUGAAUUUAAAAUUAGAGGGGAGCGGGGAGCGUGUCAUUAAAAGGUGCCCCGUCGACGCGAUGCACGCAGGCUACCAGUCGCCGGUAUGCAAACGUCGACUUCUGUUCGAGUUCCACCUGCACUCGCCACAACCGUGGAAGACAAUUGUUCAACAUUACUUUACCAGUUAAGCAAGCAACAGGAUGGAAAUCCACGAUUUCAUAGCAGUCCGUCCAUGUCAAGGAGCACAAUUUCAACAAGGCCUUUGCAAGAAGCAUGGGCCACAAUUCGAAAUCGUUACCAGUUCUAGGUAAAAGUGGUGUCUUUUCCUCGUUAACUGGUAUCAUGUCGUCCACGAGAAUCCGGCGCCAGGCUCCCAGAAAAUAUAAUCUCACGACGUAUUUGCCUUUUUUUUCGAUAUAAUAAAAAUCUUUGAAAAAAUCUUCUACGAACACAAAUUUGACGAUGAAGUGAUAAUAAUGGAGGUUGAGAUUUAAUUGAAUCAUGGAUAACGCCGGUAAUUUGCAUUUAACAAGAAAGAGAGAAAAGAUGAAGCAAAUAGGAAGCGAUUAAUAAAAUGUUGAGAUCGUACCGUUUAGAUUUAUGACAGGCCGAUGUUGUACACCUUUGCCAGCUUUGUUCAUCGAAUACACAUUCAUCCAGCCCCGCCAAGAAUGAUGCCGCCCAUUCCAAAUAAAAUUGCCGCUCUCGCCACUUAUUUCCAGUCCAUCCCGACCGCAGUACUGGAGAUUUAUUAGCGCGGAAAUAAACCACCGCGCGAACUGGAAAUCGUUUCUUAAUUACAUCGCGUUCACUUGCGAACAGAAGCUGCUUCAUGAUCGGCGUUUAUAGUCCGAUCGAUUGUUCCACAUUAAUCUCAAACAAUCGUCAACAGUUUUGUGGAAAAACAAUAUCAACAUGGGAAGUAAUGGAGAAGAUUCGUGCCCUUAUAUUACCGGACGAGUUUGCAUCUCUGAAGGUAGCGAAGAGUACAUUGGAAUUUAUCAGAUUGGAGGGGGACUUGCAAGACAGAUGCAGACUACAACGUGUCCUUGCACGAUUGGACUCCCAGCGUUUGAAUUUGUCUGGAUUUCCCAAUGUGUUAAAAGUUCGCGCAGCAGAGGCGAAGGAUGAGUUUCCCACCAGACAUAGUUGGGAUUCUUACUUCAGAGAUGCCAAACAUAUGAAUGAAUUGAAGCCUGGAGAAAGGCCAGAUACUAUACACAUAACAGGCUUGCCUGUUAAGUGGUUCAUAGAAGAUAAUGCAACCAUGCCCAGCGAAUCUUUGAUUAAUAAAAUCUUCAAAAAGUGGGGAGUAUUAAGAAGAAUUGACGUACCUGCUGCUGAUCCUUACAGAUCCAGAAUGCGUCUUGGUACAAAUAUAAAUAAAUUUAGUUAUGAAGAUGGCAUAUUUUUUGACGCAUAUAUUCAGUAUGUCGAGUAUAUGGAUUUUGUUAGAGCCAUGGAUGCAUUACGUGGCAUGAAACUACUUAAAAAGGAACUAGAUAAGGCAUUCACUGCUUCUAUUAAGAUUACAUUUGAUAAAACAAAACACAUGAGCGAUAGUUCUGUCGCGCAUAGAGAAUUCGAAAGAAAACGCCUCAUAGCACAGGAUACAUUAGCAGCAGAACGACUUCGAAGAAAAGAAGAAGCCGAAGAGAAACGUCGUGAAGAAUUAAAGAAGAAAGAAGAAGCUGAUGCGAUAGCUAAAGAAAAUAGACGGAAAAAACGAGAAGAGAAACGUAAACGUAAAGCUAUAACGAUAUUUCGAAAGAAAGAAGAGGAUAAAGUGUCUAUGAAGAUUGCCAGGGAAGGUCAAAAACUAAUCAAAGCACAAAGGCAGCUUGAAAGUAUUCGUCUGUUAGAUGAAUUAUUCGAUAGGAUAAAGAUAAAAGUGGAGAACAAUGAGAUUAAAAUAGAUGAAGUGACAAACGUGGAUACAAAGAAAGAAGAGAAAAAGGGCAAUAAAGUAGAUGGCACUGUUGAAAUAUUGAGUUCAGAAGAGGAUUCGAAAGAUGGGAAGAAGGAUAAAAAAACCAAAAAAUCAAAAAAGAAAAAAUCGAAAAAGGAGAAAAAGAAAAAGAAGAAACGAAAAAAGGGUAAAGAUUCCGAAAAUUCUGCAAGUCAAAGUAAUGAAUCAGGCGCGGAAGAACAAACAAAAAAAUUAAAAAGUGUUCUGAAACAAAAUGUUCCAUCAUCAUCAACAGCGUCUUCACCCUUGAAAUCUCUUCCUUAUGCACGUUUUCCACAACCUUCGUCCUUGGAAUCUCUUUCUUAUCCAACUCUUUAUCCACGUUUUCCACAACCAUGGUAUUACGAUGCGGCCCUGCCUGUGAUUUAUCCGAGUUUACCAAGAGGUAUGCCUAGGGGUGGUCGUUUACGAGGACGAAGUAGAGGAUUUUUGUGGCAUAAUACUGGAAAUCCUCAUACGUUGCAUACGUUCAAUCCUCAUUUGUAUAACGAGCAGUAUUACAAAUAUUUUGCUCAUUUAGUAGGUCAGGAUUAUCAUUCUUUCGACUAUAGGAGUUCACGAUCACGUAGUCGUAAAAGGUCAUUCAGCAGAUCUAGAUCUAGAUCUAGAUCAAGAUCAAGGUCAAAAUCGAGCUACAGAUCGAGGUCAAGAUCAAGAUCGAGAUCGAGAUCGAGAUCGAGAUCGAGAUCGAGAUCUCGUUCGAAAUCGAGAUCUAAAUCGCGAGGCAAAUCGAGAUCAAAAUCACGUUCAAGAUCGAGAUUGAAAGCUGGAUCGAGGUCUCGAAGUAGAAGACGGAGCAGAAGCAAAAGUAGAUCUCGUUCGAAAAGACGACGUGGAAGAUCGAAGUCAAGAUCGAAAUCUGGUACUAGAGUGAGGUCUCGAUCGCGACGAUCGCGAUCUAAUAAGAAAUCUCGUUCGAGGAGUCGCUCUAAUUCUCGAAAUAACAGCAAACAUCACUAUAAACGCAGACGGGCAAGAUCAGUAUCAAAGGUGAAAAUUACAAGAGCUAAAUCUCGCAGUACAUCGCCUAAGAGAAGAUCUCGUAGCAGUACCUGGUCUAUGCCUAAAUCUCCCGGCAGAAGAAGCUGUUCUUGGUCGAAAGGAGUGGAUGUCGCAAGCAAUAAAACGGAUACCGUUAAAUCAGCAAGUGUAACAGAGCGAGGAACUACGAAUAAAGAACCACCACAAACUUCUCACUUGGAGAAUAUAAUUUCCGACUGACAAGAACCGAAGAUAAUUCUUCCACUUUGUGUCUUCGAUGUUAUUCUGUAAGAAUGUAUCGUGCAACGCUUUGUACAAAAUCUGUAUAAAAUCCGUAAUUGUAUAACUGUAAUUGUGUACAUUCGUGUUUGUAGAAUUUCUUUGAUAAAAGAAGAUAUAUAUUUUUAUUCAUAUGAUAGCUCUUCCUAAUCUUAAAUGAUUCCACAUUGCAAUCUAUACGAUAUUCAAGUGUAUCGAUGAUGACAUGAAGCGCAAAGUAUUGUUUAACGUUCCAGUCCUAUUGGAUGUUCGAACUUCGAAUAUGUACAUAUAUUAUGAAUGACAGUUAAAAAGGAUAACUAGAAUAUUGCAUUUUUAUCUCGAAAUUAAAAAUAAACAUGUGACAUCGAAAUAUUAA